CCCCAGUCUUGGUGUCCCUGGAGCAGCAUUGAGGCCCGGGAGAACUGUGGACGACGGAGGGCUGAGCCCCUGGGGCCCUGGUGGAGGGCUGAGUUCCUGGGGCCCUGCUGGAGGGGCUGCUGUGGCCAGGGUGCCCGGUCACAAAUGAAGACACCAAGAUGCAGAGAGGUGACUCAGCCUGCCCAUGGUCACCUAGCUGCUCCUGGAGGUAAUGCCCGACUCCAUGAGGAAGCAGGAGGUGCAUUCCGGCAGGGAGGCCGGCCAGGGCCACGGCACGGGCUCCCCAGCCGAGCAGGUGAAAGCCCUCAUGGAUCUGUUGGCAGGGAAAGGCAGUCAAGUCUCACAGGCCCUGCAGGCCCCAGACAGGACACCAGACUCCCCGCUGGGGCCCCGCAGCAAUGACUCCAGGAUACAGAGGCACCGCGAGGCCCUGCUGAGCAGGGUGGGAGGCGGCCCAGAGCUGGGCGGCCCCUCGCAGAGGCUGCCCUCACUCUUGCUGGUGGAGGGCCUGACGGACCUGCAGCUGAGGGAGCACGACUUUACGCAGGUGGAGGCCACCCGUGGGGGUGGGUGUCCUGCCAGGACUGUCGCCCUGGAUCGGCUCUUCCUGCCUCUCUCUCGAGUGUCUGUCCCACCCCGAGUCUCCAUCACCAUCGGAGUGGCCGGCAUGGGCAAGACCACCCUGGUGAGGCACUUCGUCCGCCUCUGGGCCCGCGGGCAGGUCGGCAAGGACUUUUCGCUGGUGCUGCCUCUGACCUUCCGGGAUCUCAACACCCACGAGAAGCUGUGCGCUGACCGACUUGUCCGCUCUGUCUUCCCGCACGUCGGGGAACCCAGCCUGGCAGUGGCAGCCCCAGCCAGGGCCCUCCUGAUCCUGGACGGCUUGGACGAGUGCAGGACUCCUCUGGACUUCUCCAACACCGUGGCCUGCAUGGACCCCAAGAAGGAUAUCCCGGUGGACCACCUGAUCACCAACAUCAUUCGCGGCAACCUCUUUCCAGAAGUUUCUGUCUGGAUCACCUCCCGUCCCAGUGCAUCAGGCCAGAUCCCGGGGGGCCUGGUGGACCGGAUGACUCAGAUCCGGGGCUUUAGUGAGGAGGAGAUCAAGGUGUGUUUGGAGCAGAUGUUCCCCGAGGACCAGGCUCUCCUGGGCUGGGUGCUGAGCCAAGUGCAGGCCGACAGGGCCCUGUACCUGAUGUGCACUGUCCCAGCCUUCUGCAGGCUCACGGGGGCGGCGCUGGGCCACCUGUGGCGCAGCAGGACAGGGCCUCAGGAUGCAGAGCUGUGGUCCCCAAGGACCCUGUGUGAGCUCUACUCAUGGUACUUUAGGAUGGCCCUCAGUGGGGAGGGGCAGGAGAAGGGCAAGGCAAGCCCUCGUAUCGAGCAGAUGGCCCACAGUGGCCGCAAGAUGGUGGGGACACUGGGUCGGCUGGCCUUCCACGGGCUGCUCAAGAAGAAGUACGUGUUUUAUGAGCAAGACAUGAAGGCGUUCGGGGUGGACCUCACUCUGCUGCAGGGCGCCCUGUGCAGCUGCUUCCUUCAGCGGGAGGAGACGCUGGCAUCCUCGGUAGCCUACUGCUUCACCCACCUGUCCCUGCAGGAGUUUGUGGCAGCCACAUAUUACUAUGGCGCAUCCAGGAGGGCCAUCUUCGACCUCUUCACCGAGAGUGGCGUGUCCUGGCCCAGGCUGGGCUUCCUCACUCAUUUCAGGAGUGCAGCCCAGAGGGCCAUGCAGGUGGAGGAUGGGAGGCUGGACGUGUUCCUGCGCUUCCUUUCCGGCCUCUUGUCUCCAAGGGUCAACGCCCUCCUGGCCGGCUCCCUGCUGGCCCAAGGCGAGCACCAGGCCUACCGGACUCAGGUGGCUGAGCUCCUGCAGGGCUGCCUGCGCCCUGAUACCGCAGUCUGUGCACAGGCCAUCAACAUUCUACACUGCCUGCAGGAGCUGCAGCACACGGAGCUGGCCCGCAGCGUGGAGGAGGCCAUGGAGAGUGGGGCCCUGGCUGGGCUGACUGGCCCCGCGCACCGUGCCGCCCUGGCCUACCUCCUGCAGGUGUCCGAUGCCUGCGCCCAGGAAGCCAACCUGUCCAUGAACCUCAGCCAGGGCGUCCUUCAGAGCCUGCUGCCCCAGCUGCUCUACUGCCGGAAGCUCAGGCUGGACACCAACCAGUUCCAGGACCCCGUGAUGGAGCUGCUGGGCAGCGUGCUGAGUGGGAAGGACUGUCGCAUUCAGAAGAUCAGCCUGGCGGAGAACCAGAUCAGUAACAAAGGGGCCAAAGCUCUGGCCAGAUCGCUCCUGGUCAACAGAAGUCUGACCUCUCUGGACCUCCGAGGUAACUCCAUUGGACCACAAGGGGCCAAGGGACUGGCAGACGCUCUGAAGAUCAACCGCACUCUGACCUCUCUGAGCCUCCAGGGCAACACCAUCAAGGAUGAUGGUGCCAGGUCCAUGGCUGAGGCCUUGGCCUCCAACCGGACCCUCUCCGUGCUGCACCUGCAGAAGAACAGCAUUGGGCCCACGGGAGCCCAGUGGAUGGCAGAUGCCUUGAAGCAGAAUAGGAGUCUGAAGGAGCUCAUGCUCUCCAGUAAUAGUAUUGGUGAUGGAGGUGCCAAGGCCCUGGCUGAGGCCCUGAAGGGGAACCAGGGCCUAGAGAGCCUGGACCUGCAGAGCAAUUCCAUCAGUGACACGGGAGUGGCAGCACUGAUGGGGGCUCUCUGCACCAACCAGGCCCUCCUCAGCCUCAGCCUUCGAGAAAACUCCAUCAGUCCUGAGGGAGCCAAGGCCAUCGCACGUGCCCUCCGUGCCAACAGCACCCUGAAAAACCUGGACCUGACAGCCAACCUCCUCCAUGACCAGGGUGCCCAGGCCGUUGCAGGGGCAGUGAGAGAAAACCGUGCCCUCACCUCCCUUCACCUGCAGUGGAACUUCAUCCAGGCCGGCGCUGCCCAGGUGCUCGGACAAGCACUACAGCUCAACAGGAGCCUCACCAGCUUAGAUUUACAGGAGAACGACAUCGGGGAUGAAGGAGUGUGUGCGGUGGCCCGUGCGCUGAAGGUCAACACAGCCCUCACCGCUCUCUAUCUCCAGGUGGCAUCCAUUGGUGCUCCAGGUGCCCAGGUGCUAGGGGAAGCCCUGGCUGUGAACAGAACCUUGGAGAUUCUCGACUUAAGAGGAAAUGCCAUUGGGGUGGCUGGAGCCAAAGCCCUGGCGAAUGCUCUGAAGGUAAACUCCAGUCUCCGGAGACUCAAUCUUCAAGAGAAUUCCCUGGGGAUGGAUGGGGCAAUAUUCAUUGCCACGGCACUGUCUGGAAACCACAGGCUCCAGCAUAUCAAUCUCCAGGGAAACCACAUUGGAGACUCGGGGGCCAGGAUGAUCUCAGAGGUCAUCAAGACAAAUGCACCCAUGUGCACCGUUGAAAUGUGAGCAAAAUGAGUUCCUGGUGGAUGGAGCAGGAGGACGGGCAGUCAGCUGGAAGCUUUUGAACAGAAAGGCCAACUUCUGGGGACCUUCCUGGGAGCUGGGAACGCUGCUCACUCAGCACGAGCACAUGGAGGAAGGAGAGGUGCUGCCAAAGGAGGUCGUGAGCCCCUCUCCUGGUGCAGGAGUGGUCCUAGCAGGGGCCAACAAGUACUCUGCUACGGCACAGAGAAGGGAGGGGGCCACCACCAAGGAACUAGGAGACAAAGGUCUGAAAGCUCAGCAGUGUAGGAGGCUAAUUCCAGCUUAUUUACAACCUGAGGACUUCAUAUGCCCCCAACCCUUAAAAAUGUUGAUUACUGCCCCUUUCCACUCACCUGGUUAAAAUCACCUCAAGCCUGUGAGGAGCAUGCGUUUGGCAGGGGCGACAGAGGGGACCCCUCUUUCUUUUCUCAAGAAGAAGGUUUUAGGGCAUCAUCCUUACAGACACGAAAACAUUAUGGAAAAAUUGUGAAGAAAAAUUGAAAGUUUUAAUUCUAGGAUUCUAGAAACAGAGACAAGAGAAUUUUUUAAGAGUCUCACUCUUGUUGCCCAGGCUGGAGUGCAGUGAUGCAACUUCGGCUCACUGCAGCCUCUGCCUCCCAUGUGAUUCUCAUGUGAUUCUCCUGCCCAGGAUUCACGUCAUCCUCCCCAGUAGCUGGGAUUACAAGUGCCCACCACUAUGCCUGGCUACUUUUUGUAUUGUUAUACUGAGAUGGGGUUUCUCCAUGUUGCCCAGGCUGGUCUGGAACUCCUGACCUCAAGUGAUCCACCCACCUCAGCCUCCCAAAGGGCUGGGAUUAGAGGCGUGAGCCACUGCGCUCGGCAGUGAUGUCCUUCCUUAUUAGGCUUCCAAAGCCACUGCUGUGGCCACAGCUUCCCUAUGGAGGAGACCGGCAAGCUGAGCCUCUAUGUGGCACCAAUUCCCACAGCUGCGUUGGAAGGAAAAAAAUCCAAAUGGACAUCACAGCUUUCAUCAAUUAAAGAACUACAGAAAAUGUUUAUGAAGACUAUAAAGCAAUGAUCAUUUUUGAAUUUGAAAGGAAUCACACUAUUGUUUAAAAUGUUCCUUCAAAAGUGAGCAUCCAGACCGGAAUGAUCAUGGAUGCUAAGGCCAUGGAUACAGGCUUACUUGGGAAGAUGAUAUCCUCACAGUCUCAAAAUAGCAACCCACAAAGGUGAUACCCUAAUUUACAAAAGGAAAAAGCUACCUUAAUCUAAAAUCUGGCCAAUGCAGUCUCAACAGAAGUGACAGAAUUGGACAUCGCUAAUAAUGGGACAAGUGGACGUCAUGUGCCCCCAGUCUGAUGCACCACAGAGUCGUCUCUGAUGUAGUCUUCUUGUCAAAAAACGUUUGCUUGAUUCUAAUCAUGAAGGAACAAUUAGAAAAAAAUCCAAACUAAUGGAUAUUCUGCAAAAUAAAUGACCUGACCUCAUCAGAAACAUCAACGUCAUGAAAAACACCGAAGGUCGCAGAAAGUGUGAAUUAACUUAGUAGAGAUCUACCUUAAUGCAAGAUCUUUGGCUGGAUCCUAGACUGGAGGAAGAAGUCUGCUAUGAAGCACAUUUAGAUCACUUGUACUAGCUGGGAAAUAACAAACAAAACAUUAUUUGUAAAAGGGGGAAAUCUGAACAUGGCUCUUGUGGUAAUUGAGUUUGUGCUGGGCAUAGACUUCUAGACUGACAGCUGUUUUAGUGAGCUUAAGGUGAUGCCCCACUGCCUGCUGGUUUGCAUUGUUUCUGUCUGAGUGAAGAGCUGGGCAGAACACAGAGAGCGCUGCAGAGCCAAACACUGCAGAAAGCUGGACCCCGCAGAAACCUAACACUGAAGAAACCUCAGGAGCCAAGGUGGUGGAGAAAACACAGAGUCCCUCUGUCCCUUUUCAAAUAAUGAUCGUACAUCUUCAAGCUGUCUGAAAUGGUUAGGGAGUUCAGGGACGCAGCAGAGCCAGCUGGCCCAAAAAUCCCAUCAGAGCAACACAGGAGAAUUUAAUUCAUGUCCACACAGAAAGGACUUACAGGUAAGAGGAAGGCCCUAUAGCUCCCUUCCAAUUAAAGGAGUCCUCAACUCUAGCAUCUGAGAGUCCCCUGGGUCUAACAGCUGUGCUAUUUAUGUAGUGUGUUGCUCACCUAAAUGAAUAUAAUUUCCUUCCAGACACGUGACACUGGUAUUAAAGUGCCAACGAAAGGGAUCUAUUUAUUCUUCAUGUUAAAAGAGAAACAAUAGUUCAGAUAUUCGAUCAGAAGUCCAAGGACUUUGUUUUUGGUAACCAGUACCAAUAAAAAUUGAGUAUCUGAAAAAUUCCUUUGUAGUUUCCAUCAAUACACAUUUUUAAAAGCAUUUUAGGAAGUCCUCUAAUUACACAGCAAAAAAAUGGUCAGCAGUGGCCUGCUAGGUUCUCACCGACCUAAUCACAACUACCCUCCUCAGGUUCUGAGGUCUGCUCUGCUGCUUGGCCAAAACCACAUGGUGCCAGGUCACAAGGCACUUGCACCUAUGUGACUCCUGGAUCCAUUCUACAGUGGGUCACUAUUAACUGAAAUACUUUAAUGAAAAUGAUCGAGUACACAAAGCUUGCUGUUGACAGAAACUUCCUUGCUCAGGCGAGGCAGUGCAACUGGACACGGUGAGACUCUGCACACAGUCAGUUCACCAAAUGAACUAGAAGCAGGUGGCACAAUGAAGCGCCCUUGGCAACUGCUGCCGAUGUCUGUGGAUGGGCUCUUUGUAGCUCAGGUUAGGCUUCUGUGUUAAAGUGCAUUAGAAGAAAAUAUCACACAAGGAAAAUAGAACUCUAUUUGCAUGUUUUUUUCAAAACAGACGUCAAGUCAGAUUCAGGCACACCAAAUCCGUAACAUCCAAGAAGAUGGAGUGAGUCUUCCGCAUCUGAAAGCCACGGCAUCUGAGGUGGCUGGCAUGGCUCCAACGCAUGGCUUCCCUGUCGUGUACCAAUUACCACAUAGUGCAUUUCAAACUACUAGUGAAUUCACUGAAUGUUGGCUUUUUUUUUUUUUAAAAGGAGUAAUCUUAAAAUUUAGGAAAAGAGAAAAAAAGCAAAGAUGACAGAAAUAAUUGUCACAAUCUCCUAAAAUUGAUGUCUAUCAUAUCAUACCUGUGAACUCUUGAAUAAGUAUUUAUAUCUGACAGGUACAAAUAAAAUUAUACUUUUAAGUAAAACCUAUUUAAUAAUAUGAAAUAUGCUGUUAAAUACAUUUAUUAAAAGAUUAAAAAAAAAAACUAAUUUCAGAAGUCUUCUGAGUUUUUAAUGGUAAA